AUGUUAGCGGAGAAGGACGAGUGUACCACCAUUACCUGGCGCAUUGGGCAGAGGCAAGCAAUACCUCCAGCUAUUCCUCCACUCCCUCCACAACUUGCCAGGCCGGCACCUCAGCCCGAGGCCACCGCGCAGCCGACACAAUUUCCUCCGAAACUACCACCGAAACCCGGAAAGCCGACUGAGUCGCAAAAUCAUCCUAUACCACCGGUUCCCGGGAAAUACAGCCAGCCACCACCUCUUCCUCCGUUAGCCGAUGGAUAUCAUGACCCAAGAAGGACUCCUGCGCGGCAACCGCCGCUACCUAACCAACGCCAUGAGCUAAACCGUCCGUCACACCAAACUAGCAGCUCGGCCGCAUUCCCAGUAUCAAGUCAGCUCGAGCACGGACAUGGUCCAUUUUAUAGGUAUCAGCAAGAAGGCGUUGGCCCUGUAAGCCCAAUCACUCAGGCUGGAACACCACAUCCACCGAUCUCCCAAACUUCAUAUCGACCACCUCAAUUCGUUCAGCCUGCUCCCCUGCAUCCCCCACAACCUCACAUCCAGGCGAUUCCACAUGAUCGACACCCUUCUCACUCGCAGCACCCUCAGCAGGCAAUGCUGAGCCACCCGGAAUCCGCCCGUCGAAAACAACCUACUCCGGACCUUCUCACCUCGCCUUUUGACCUCGAACUUCCAUCCCAAACCAUUAUAGCUGCGCCGCCACCGAUUCCACCAAACCCAGAGAAGGACUUUCUCUUGAAAACACUAUCCCAGACCCUUACACAAACCUUGCACGAUAAUAUCAACAGAACCAAGUCCGGCAUCCAACCACUCAAUUCCCAAUCCCAAGCCCUGCACGCAGCCGCUGCUACCCUAAAAUCAGAAAUCGCCUCCCUAAACACCCUACAUACAACUCUACAAUCUAACACAUCCAUCCUCCAACAGUCUCUUCACCGUGCCGAUGGUGUCAUCGCCGAUGCACGCGCCCGUAUUACCGCGUCACCGGCUCCCCCAGGCCCAUCGAUAGAACAGCAACCAGCUGCGAGCCGCUCCCCUUCAGGCCUUCCUUCCAUUGAUGAAAUUCUCGUUCCUCCUACCGUAGUCGGGAAACAGAUAUACGAUCUCGUUACCGAUGAACGUGGGAUUGAGCGGGCGAUCUACGCGCUGCAGACUGGGCUGGUCAAGGGCCGGGUUGGGCUGGAUACAUGGGCGAAAUUGACAAGGAGCUUGGCGCGGGAAGCGUUUUUGAAGAAGGUAUUGAUCAGAAAAGCUGGGGUUGGGAUGGGUUUGAGUGUUGAUUGA